AUGGCAUCCGAAGAGAAGGACCAGAUCCGACAACUGGUUUGGCCACGCCUGCGAGAGGUUGCCAUUCCCGACUCACGCUUUCACUAUGACUUCUCCAGCUUCAUAGCAGACUUUCAAGGCUCUGGGGCUGCAACAGAAAGACUGGUUUCCCUGCGCUGUUAUGCUGAUGCUCGAGUCAUCUUCAUCACCCCGGACAAUUGCUUGGAGCAACUUCGCCUCCGAGCUCUGGAAGAUGGGAAAAAGGUAUUGGUGACAACCUACGCCAUCAGACGCGGGUUUUGGCUGCUUGAUCCCGCAGUGAUCGUGACGCCCGAAGCAAGGAAACUCGCCUGCCUCUUGGAUGCCAUGGAACGCCCUGGCCUCGGAAGGGCCUUGAGCCUCGCAGAAAUCCAGCAGCUAGGCCUCCAGGUGGAUGUGAUGGUGACGGGUACAGGAGCCAUCAAUCAUUCAGGCAUCCGAUUUGGGAAAGGGCAUGGGUUUUUUGACCUUGAAUGGGGUAUGUUGACCACCAUCAAGGCUGUCAGCUUCUCUAUUCCCAGCAUCGCCGUCGUACACGAUUGCCAGGUGUUGGGGGAGGAGCUGAGACCCGAAGUCUUCGACACAGUGUGCGAUUAUAUUGUCACACCAACCACGAUCAUUGAUAUUGCUAAAGCGGGCGUCGUGCCGAAGAAACCAACGUGUGGGAUUUUAUGGGAUAGGUUGCAACCUGGAAUGCUGGAAGACAUCCCGCCCCUGGAGGAAUUGCGACAGAUUCAAGGGCGAGAAUGA